GAGAAGCGGAACAAAAGCGGAAGAAGGUGGAAAAGGAGAAGUAAGUGAGAAGAGGAGAUGGUGGCAUCCCAGGUGGCAUCGAAUAGAGUGCCCGUUUCGCUGCGAAACGCGGGGUUGCUUCGCAGCAUCCCAGUUGCGUUGGAUCCGUUGGCGUGAGGCGUACUCGGUGUCACGCGUGCGCGUUUAAUCUACCCGUUGGUACCGGUGCUUGGUACCGUGUUCCUUGACUCGAUUAUAACGAACACAAGCGAGCGAUCGAGAGUGGCGGCUGCUGUCUAAAAGUGGUCCAUUUGCCCGUGAUCCUGACCUGAGAACCCGGGUUCCGGAUCUAGUAACGAUGAGCUUGGAGGAACGAGACCACAAGAUAGUGCUACGGUACACCGGACAAAACUCACCGACCGCCCUUUACCACCACCAGCAUUACGCCCAUCAACCAGCAACGCCGUACGGGCAUCACCAUCAGCAGCAUCAGCAGCAGCAGCAUUACCAGCAUUAUGGCGGACCCGCGUCCAACAAUAACAAUAAUGACAUCCAUCACCAUAUCGUGCCUCGGUCGGAGUACAUGUACACCGGUGUCUCACCGGUGGCAGACCACGAGAACGACGAGUACGAGCGGAAAGGGGGCUGCUUCGUGUCGAUCUGUCGUGGCAUCAGUAUCGCGGUGCUGAUGUUUGUCCUCAUCUUCUUCCUCUCCUUCACGAUAUUCUUUAGCACCAAGUACGCGUACGAGCACAAACCCAACCUGACGCUGGAGGACUUUCUUAACCACCGGGCGUACCUGAUCGAUAAGCGAUCGCGCAUACCAAAGCACGUCAUCCCGAAGCACUACCGGCUAUUCGUGGAACCGGUGUUCAACGAGACGACCAACCCGUUCAGCUACAGCGGCAUCGUCUGGGUGACGGUGACGUCGAAGAAGCCGAACAACAAGCGGAUCGAACUGAACGUAAAGAACCUGCGAAUCCGAAUGGAGGAUGUGGCCGUGCUGAAGAGCAUCCGGCUGACAAACAUGGAUUUCGACGAGGAUCUUGACUGGGAUCUAAGCGAGGAGGAUCUGUACUCAUUGCCGCGAUUGAAUCGGCGCCGACGCCGCCAGGUUAACCCAGCUAUGCCGUCCCAAUCCAUUAAACGAACCACAUCCGCGGUGGAUCCGGCAAAGCAGAAACGGGAGCAGGACGAUCCACAGAACAGUGCCAGCGAAGUGAUGGAUGACGAAAAAGGGAUAGAGGAUGGGACCGGAGCGCCACCAGGCACGAUCAAUAGCGACAGCACCGAGAACGCGACCGUUAUUGACAAGUCCAAGUUCUACCACCAUCCUGUCUUCCCGGCUGACGACUUCGUCACGAUCAAGAUCCUUGACCUAGAGUUUGACGAGUCGAACGAAAAAAUGAUCAUCUUCCUCGGCACGGAGAUGAAGAAGGACAUCUACUAUAUCGUCAAGGUGAACUUUACCGGCAACAUGACGAAUGAUAAGGGGCUCUACUACACGCACUACGAGGAUGAUGGACCGACGCACAAACACUUUGCCGCGGCGGUCCUGGAACCCAACAAUGCUCGAAGGCUUUAUCCGUGCAUGGACGAUCACAACUUUCGCUCACCGUUCGAGUUGAACAUUGCGCGGAAUAGCAACAUGAAUAGCGCGUCGAGCCUGAACCUGGAGAUGUCGGAACCGAUGGAGGAGGGCGACCUGGUGGUAGAUACCUACAACACGACCGGUAUGGUGCGGGCCUCGGAGAUCGGGUUCGUAGUGACGGAUAUGGUACCGGAGCGAUACAACAUUACGCAGCGGGUGAGCCUGCUGGCCUACACCCGAACGCGGUACGACGAGCACAUCAAGAACACGACUGACAUUUUCUCACGCAUCAUCCACAUCUACGAACAAUACCUGGGCGUACUGUUCCCGUACGAGACGAUCCGCUACGUGACUAUACCGAACGCGGACCACUCGAUCUACGAGAUAAAAGAGGGUAUGAUACUAUCCAGCGAGAAACGGCUCAUCAUCGCGGAUCACUACUUUCCACCGGUUAUCCCGGGGGUUCAUCAGGUGCAGGUUUCGGUCGCUAACGAGCUGGCGAAGCUACUCAUUCACAAUCUGGCCGACUAUAAGAACAAGGAGACGUACUGGUUGCACGAGUCGAUUCCUCUUUACCUACAGUCGCUAGCGUUACGCAAUCUAACGGCCACUGGAUCGACCGUGUUGGAUGAUUUUUUGCUCGAAGGCCGGCUGCGAUCCAUGCGCGAGGAGAUGAACACGAAAACGUCCGCGCUUAACAUUUUUACUAACCACUGGGAGGAGGAUACACACUUUGAGCUGGUCAAGUACAAGGGUCUAAGCGUGCUGCGCAUGAUGAAUUACACGCUGGGCGUACAGGCAUUCGAUCGCUUUCUAGGCGAUUACUUCCGCUUGCGAAAUGACAGCGAAUCAAUCGAUGUGAUCGACAUCCUCGCCCGGGAUAGCCUCGGCCGGAUGGACGAUGUGUUCAGCAGCUUUUUGCAUAGCUGGAGCAGCUUGGAGAAGUAUCCAAUCAUCAACAUCCGGCACAACAAUGCGUCGGGGUACUUUGAGCUGCGCCAAAUACCACUGCCGUUCGAGGAGGAGGUCGAUCAGCUGUGGACGGUGCCAGUUACUUUCAUCAAUAACACCAACCACCGGUUGUUCGCUGAGAAGGUGCGGUGGCUAACUGAUAGCGAUAAUCUACUUGAAAUUAAAUCCAGUGGCAUGGCCUUCAACAACGGCUCGUGGAUUAUUAUCAACCCGAGCGGAAUCGGUUACUAUCGCGUGAACUACGAACCGCAGCACUGGAUCCAGCUAGCACACGUACUGAACAGACACUUUCAAAAGCUGCCCUAUACGACUCGCGCAAUCAUUGUGGACGAUGCUUUGAAUUUGGCGCGGCUCGGACUGCUCAAUUACUCGAUUGCAUUCAAUGUGGUCUCGUUUGUGAAGAAAGCGAACGGAGACUACCAACCCUGGAAGCUGGUGCUGAGCAACCUGGAGUUUGUGCUACACGCAACGGAGGAUUUGCCUAAUUUCCAUCACGUCGAGCGUUUCCUGGAGUAUCUUAUCGUGGCAAAGUACGAUGAGAUUCGGCGGCCUGGCAAUACGGUGCGCUACAACCCACUGGUCGAGGAGUUGAUCGUGCAUUGGGCGUGCAAGCUCGGCGUUAAUGACUGCGUCAGGCGGCACCGGAACCUGUUCGAGGAGAUAUUCAACCGGACAAUGGUACCGUUUGAGCUGCCCGAAGAGCAACUACAGCGUAUUCUGUGCACGACGAUCCGCUACAGUGGGCUCACCGAGUGGAAGCAGGUGGAGCAGGAGUAUCUGCGAACGGACGAUAUCAACUAUCAGCGCAUGCUAGUGAAGAGUCUAGGAUGUACGCGCGAGAUUCGGCUCAUCAAGCGACUGCUCGGGCUGCUGCGGCAUCCGGGCUUCAGCAUGUACACUAAGGAAAUCCUGACAUCGAUUAGCGAAAACAAAGUGGCUCUGAAGUACGCGAUGGACUAUCUAUAUAACGAGUGGAUCGAGGUACGCCGCUACCUUACGCUGUACGAUAUCUCGAUUCUGCUGCGCUGCAUCUCGAACAAGAACGAGUUUCUGAUGUACGAGCAAAUCUUCUUCCGCUACUCGUACACCUUCCAGACGAUGGACAAGGAAAUUCUAAAGCGGAUGCGUGACAUAAUAAUGAAGCUGUUGCGGUGGCGAGAGGAAGUCGCACCGAUCAUAGAGUUCGAGCCGUUCCAUUUCGAAGCGAACGAGAUGACGGAUACGAUAACAUUUCUCUAGUUUUCACGAUCUCAUAAUGUAUGCAUUUCUAGGAUGUUUUGUUGAACAUGUGUUGCCCUUGAUUAAGGCCAUAUAUAUUUUGAAUGGUAGGUUUAGGCGCUGAUUAACGUAGCAGUUUAGUUGUUGUCGCACCCUCUUGGAGAACUAGUGAGUUAAAUUUGUUAAACAAAGUAAGCUAUCUUGUAUCCGUCACUAACACAUACGAGUACCAUACCGUGGGAACUAGAACAGGGCUGUUUGAGCGUAUGUUUCAUGACCAUUCGGUGUAAAAUGCUGCCCAACCUUGUAGAAAGCCCCCCCCCCCCCCCGUUGCCCCCUUGUGUAGAAAGACAAUUAAAGUCACUCUUCCGUAGAAUCAUACUGUACGUUCUAUUACCAGUCCCAUUAACAUCGUGCACAUCAAUAAAGAAAGCUUUUGUUAUGGUUCCCAGUAGCUACUUUGGUGCCCCACACACUGGAAACUAGAUGUCACUAUAACAGUAAACCUGAGA